AUGAUCUUCCCUAUUACGCUCCUCUCUUUAGCGACUUCCGCUCUGGCCAGCGUCGUUCCCCAAGGCGCAAAUACCUGGAAAACUCUCGAGUCGAUACCAAUUGCCCCGCGACAAGAACAUGGCGUCGUCGCCCUCUCAGACAAGACAGUAGCCAUCCUUGGUGGAAUCGUCCCCAAUCGCGAAGCCGAUGGCUUCCAAACUACAGCGCUUAUGCAAUUCUACAACACGCGCUCCAAUUCAUGGCGACGAUACGUUACAGAAGCACCUGUCAAAGUCAACCACCCCAACGUCGCUGCCGUCAACGGUAAAAUUUACUUGCUAGGCGGUCUAUCAGAUAUCGAUGACGGCGCAUGGCGAGCAUUCCCAGAGUCAUGGGUUUACAAUCCCGAUCUCGAUGAAUGGUCUGAAUUAGCGUCCAUUCCAGACGAGCACAAAAGAGGUAGCGCUGCUAUGGGUGUUUACGGAAACAUUAUUUAUCUAGCUGGCGGAAUGCGAACACUGGAACCGACUGGUCCAGGUGGAGAGCAAGACACUGUCGACUUUGUCUCAGCUUUCGAUACCAAGACUUCAAAGUGGAUUGAUCUUCCAGAAGCUGCACGAACCCUCCCCGAAGGCCGCGACCACGCAACUUCUUCAGUCGUCGGCAAUAAAUUCUACGUCCUUGGUGGUCGUCUCCGCGGUCAACGAAACGUAAAAGAUACAGUUUUUAUCCUCGACCUCGAUAAUCUCGAGCAAGGCUGGACAACCAGCGACGCAAAGAUGCCCACACCUCGCGGUGGUGUCGUAUCUGGUACCGUCGGCAAAAAGAUCUACGUUCUUGGCGGAGAGGGGAACACUGAACCCGACUCAAACGGCAUUUUUGAUCAGAUUGAGGUUUUUGAUACAGAGACUGAGGCGUGGGAGGAGCUUGGAAAGAUGGCUGUGCCAAGACAUGGUGGACAGGCUGUUGCUGUCAAGGGAGGUAUUUAUCUUCCGGGUGGAGGUAUAACUGAGGGUGGCUCGCCGGUUGAAACUGUUGAUGUUUACUGGCCGUGA